AUGCCCCGUGCCAAGUCCCACCGGCGGGCCCAGGCCCUGAAGCAGAGGAUGGCGCAGCCGCUGCCAUGGACCCCCCAGCCGCCUGUCCCCGAGUUCGUUGCUCGGCGCGGUACAGGGUACCGCCAUCGCGUGCGGAGAUGGCCGACUUCGAAGCUGACCCAGCGGAGCUUCAAGUUGGUCACUCCUGCCCAGAAGCCGGACCAGAAGAUGGUGUUCGUCGUGGGAGACUCCCACCUGCGGGCCAUGGUGGAUGGGAUCGUCGCGAUGCCGGAGGUACCUCUGUGUUUUUCUUUUCUCUCUGUUCCAGGUGCGCAUGCAGCAGAGCUGAGGAAGGAGGUGUCCCACGCCGCUCUCCCCUGGACCCCGGAUGUGGUGUGUGUGCUCGCCCCGAGCAACAACCUGACAGCCAGCAGGAACAUCGGAGAGGCGUCGCUGGACUUCGGUGCUCUCCUGGCUACAGUCUGCAACCGCUGGGCGAAGGUGUUCGUGCUGGACUUCCCUCCACGCUUGAACAUCGAGCCUGGCCUGCAGGAGCUGUUCCGCCAGGAGUUCCGCCGUGUCGCAGCACGCAUGGGUCUCCCAUACGUGUCUGUGGCAGAGCACCUCCCUCUGGACCGUUUGGAGCCGACAGCGACGGAACGCCGAUCCUCGUCCAGGCCCUGUGGGACGCCGCGGUCCGCCAGCUGA